AAUAGGCUUCGAAUUUAUUCAAAUAUGAAACACCUCACUUCACCUUUGCAAUAACAUCUUGUUAGUUAUUAACAUACGCUAGCUCAAAAUGGCUGCGCCGGUUGACUUCUUCCCUUUUUACCCACCACCGUCCCAUCAACAUCCUUUCCCUUCUCCAUUUCCAGCCCCACCACAUUAUCUGCCCCCUCCUUCCCACAUUGUCCCUCCACCGCCACCAUCUUCUCGUCCCCAUCACCCACCGCCACCUCAUUCCCACUUUGCUCCUCCUCCACCACCUCUUCCCCAUUUCCCCCCGCCACCAUAUCCUCGUCCACCUCACGUUCUUCCACCACCACCGCCACCGCCGGGUCAUCAUCAUGUUAUCAUUGUGGUUGUUAUCUCUUUAGGCAGUUUGUUUUUUCUUGCAUUCCUCGCUGCUGCUCUAUUCUGCUAUCUCAAGAAAAGAAGAAUGUCUUCUACAAAGUCUGAGAUUAUCGAGUUUGAUGAACACCUUAAAGUCCAAGAAGCCAUAGUGCCAGGACCCCAUGGCGAACAAACGAGAGUGGUAAUGCUCGAAGAAGACAUUCAUUUGGUAGAGGAUAUUCACAAGACUGAAAAACUUAGCCGAGCUACUCACCUCAGUUCAAAUACUGGAGGUCAUGCCAUUGAUAUAUCAAACCCCAAUCAUCACUUUAUUGAAUACAAGGCCUAAAUCAAAAGAGAUGCUAUAGGCCAAAAUGUAACCUACCAAUCAUUUAUUAAUCACCAUCUAAAUAAUAAAAACAAGUUAAAUAUGGUCUCAACUCUUGCAAUCAUAUCCGUGCUUUUCUCCCGGUUACUAUUCCAAAAUUUAUGCCUAUCUCUGUCUAGUUUAUUAAAAAUUCCAUCCUAUAUAGCACAUACAGAUGAACAGUC